CCUUCUUCAUCAAGGACACAGUCUGAUUCUCACAUGCAUAUAACGAAGAACUAAUCAAGUUGUUCUGCAGAAAUGUUGGCUCUGUGGCUCCUCUUCCUGACGACAGUGGCUCCAGUUACCCCAACGUUUGAUUGCCGUCGACCGAAUCAAGCCUGUUUGAACACUGGAUUGUGCUGGUUUGACUCGCCGCUGUGUAAGUGUGACGAUGUUACACCGCCCACUCAAGGAUACAACUGUGGGCUGGUCACAUCCUCAAAAGGUACAGGCGCUUGUGUCAAUUCUAACCCCUGUACUCCAAGCCAGGGCGACUGUUACGAUGAUGGCGGUGUUGCCAGAUGCUACUGCGACGCCGACCACUACGGCCAAACAUGUCAGGAAGAAAGAUUCACGGUGUCUUGCACGCCCUACACCAUGGUCAUCGGCAUCAACCCCAACGGCAACUUCACGGGAGUGGCUUAUAUAAUGGGAAAGAAAGACAUAGAUUCAUGCCACGCAAAGGCGGUGCCCGUGGAAGCUUCCUCGACUGACCGCAUCCCCGACACGUGGAGAGGACACUACAUCGAGGUGGACCACGAGAGCACCGACUGCGGAGACACUGACACGACGAUGGGCUCCGAUAUUACGGAAUUCUCCCGCGAUGUCGUCAUACAGUACAGCCGGGACUACAUCGCCGACGUUGACGACAAAUACACCGUCAAGUGCAUCCUCGACGACGAGGGCACGAUGGUAUCUACCCGGGUAUUUUCCAUAAAUCCUGACGUUGCUCCGUUGAACCCCGUCAACAACUCCGAUACAGUGAGCCCAGUAUUCCUGGCGCUGACCUCAGGCGGUACCUCCGUCACUGACAACCCCAUCGACAUCGGCGCGGAGCUCGUCUUCACGUUCUCCGUCCCCCAUCGCUACGAGUCUAUGAAGGUAAUCUCGGGCUUGGCCGACAACACCCUAACUACUGGUAAAAGGUCACUCACCCUCAUAUCAGACGGCUGUGUACACCCUGAGGCGUAUUCCAUUACAAUACAACAACCAUUACGUCAUGAAAUAGGAAGUGACGUGGACAAAAGGGAGAUAAUUUACAAGCUGAAAGCGUUUCUGUUUGACGGAAAUAAUGACGUCAUCUUCAAAUUCAACGUCAAAGUCUGUCUAGCUUCAAACGACGCCGACUGUGAACCUGUGAGUAUAGUAGGACACAAUCACUUUGGCUAUGCCCAUUAA